GUUUCCAAUCUGAGGGAUACUGUUCACAUUUUAUUGAGAGGUUCAAUACGUGCGUUAACGAUUUAAUAACGUACGGAGACGCAAGCUUUAGCAUUUUUACACUAACGCCAUCCGGACCAGUUGCUUUGCUAGCCGACAUUGAUGUGAUUUGUUUUCUAACAAAAUCUUCUGUGAUAUUAGGCAGAGUACAUUACUGAAUUGGUUCAGAAAAAGAUUUGCGGAUGCUGUUUGUAUGCGUCACAAUCGUUUUCAGAAUUAGAUAGUUUUGCAAUUUCAUGAGUACGAUCGCGUUGACGCAUAAGUCAGAUCUGAAAUUCUUUUGAAGACAUUCUACAACUAGUACCAUCUUCCAGGUGGAGAAGAAAGUACAUACAAUACACAUUCAAGAUAAUUGAUUGAUUGCUUAAAAAACUAAAAAUGUCUGGAAAAAGUGUGUUAUCAUCUAUUAUAAUACUAGCUACCACUCUGCAAGUAAUGUCAUACAGUGUAAAACUUUCUCCAGAAUACAUUACUGUCGAUGUUGGUACUGAUGCAGUUACAUUUACCUGUACAAUAAAAUUGGGGUUAUUUGAAACAACGAGUGAAAAUACGAUGAUAAUAUGGUGGAAAGACAAUGACAUGGUAUUAGGUAAUUCUUCAAAGUACAGUGUUAAUGGAGUAUCAUCUUCAGAGAAUAACUACACGCAAAGUUUACAAGUUAAUGACAUUGAAGAAACUGACCAUGGCAUAUACACAUGUACUUUACUUUUUCCUAAAUAUCCACCUGACAAUAUAAAACUGUCUACACUUAUUAUAAGGAACCUUAUUCCUCAACCUAUCUGCUCAACCACUUCAGGUGAACCUGGACAACAGAUAGUCUGUACAAGUUCACCAAGUGAUCCUCAAAUAACCUUGACCUGGAUUGAUAAUACUGGUGGUGUUUUGACAUCCCAAUCUCAGUUAACAUUUAAUGAAACGUUAUCAUUGUCAUACACAAUAUCCAUUGAAUCAAGCAAUCAGUGGUUCACAUGUAGAGCCACCAGUACAAGAUCAGCAGACACAAAGGAAUGUGUCAUUGGCUAUCAGACUUCAAUGACAUCAAGUAGAGCAGUGACAAGCUUUCAUCCCAGGCAGAAAUUGACCUCUUCUGGCAUUUCACAAUCUAAAGGAACUCAUGGUAUUCCUACAACCAUCAGCAUUUCUGGCCAGAACAAUAAUACAGUUAUUGCUAUAUGGUCCAUCAUUGGAGCUGUAGGUAUAUUGGUUAGUGUGGUAUUAUCCUGUUACAUAUUCACUACUUCUAGACAAAACAACAGAAAUGGAAAUGUCGAUAGAGAUAGAAAUAGAAAUGAAAAUGAAUAUCAAGUUAUAAAUGGUGAUAUGGAUGUAGUUGCAAACAGUCCAAAUCAUUAUCAGCUCCUGAAUAUGAAAUUUUAAAUAAGAUUUGUAUUUUAAGAUUAAUUUUGUUUAAAGUCUACUUCAUUCUUUCUUAGGGUUCUAGUAUUAUGAAUGAUAAAAUAAUUAAUAACAAUAAAAUACACAUUACAGAGAUAACAAAAUUUUUUUUGUACUAAACAUCAUAAAAUUUGGUAUAAUAUUUUUGAAUCUUGUAAAUAUACCUAAUGUCAAAUUAUAAGGAGCAAUUUACACAAUGAGAGGAUUAGUAGGUAGGCCAAAACUUUGUCCUGAAUCGCUUAGAAGGGGACCAAGGAGCAAACCCCCCCACCCCCGGAAACAAUUUAGAGUCGUAAACAAAGAAUAAAAAAUAUACUACUUCCAAUAAAGUUUUAUAUUCACACAGCAACAGACCUGUAUCUUAGAACUUACUAAUUGGUAGGCAAAUGCUGCCUUUUUGGGGUUAACAACUGGUAGCAUCUCCUGGCUGCAUCAGACUUGUUUUCCAAGGUGGUUUCAAAAAGGAGAUGGCAAGAUGGAGUUUCUGCUGGCCGACAGUGCUCAUAGAUGACUAAAUCGUAGUAGUUUUCCAUCUUAAUACCUGUAAACAGACAAACAUUAUAAUAUAUGUCUGAUUAUUUUUUUUUAUUUUCCAAACUUUUAUAAAGAAUAAUAUGAUUAAAGUUUGUAUUGUAUCUUCUAAUCUAAUCUAAUCAUUCAUAUAGUGUCUUUCUUUACAGAUAUGAAUCGCUGUAAGUUUUUCCCUAGUCAUUAGGUCCACAUGCUUGUGUUAUGUUGCUGCCAUAGUGGUGCAAGGCAACCCCACCACAUACCCAUUUAUACUCCUGGUGGAGAAAAGCAAUGUAAAAAGUGCCUUGCUCAAGGACAAGUGAAAUGCACAGUAAGGUAUUGAACGUCUCGAGGUUGAGAAACGAAACCGUUUCCCGCUGUGCCAAUUAAACUGCUUCCACAUUUGAAGCAAAAUUUAAAAAAAAAACAAAAUAAACAUUAUCCUAUUACAGAAUAGCCUACGUAUACAUAGCCAAGCAGAGUUUAGAUCCAGAAUACAAAUAGCAAACUAUGCAUUUAAUACCAAUAGAAGACAAAAUGGAGAUGGAAAUGGAAAUGAACUUCGAAAUGUAGAAGAUAAUGUUUUAUGAGUACCCAGUUGGAGAAGAUAAAUAUAUGCAUUCAAAUGCACACAUUCCAUAUCUGUACUCCUCAAUAUAUAAUGUAUACAUUUACAAUUUGUGUGAAAUCUACUUCAUUCUUAGAGUUUUAAAAUGUUUAUAGAAUAAUUUAAAAGCAUACAUUCCACAGUGAUGUGAAAAGUCUUUUGUACACAACGUCAUAAUAUUUAGUAUAAUACUGUAUUUUUGAAUCAUAUUCAUAUCUAAUACAUAAAAUUAUAAGGAGCAAUUUGCACAAAGAUAGCAUUGGUGAGUGGAGGCUAGAGUAGAUUGUUGGAUCAAAACUUUAAAAAAAUAUUUGCCUGAUCCAAGUAAUGUUAUUUAAAUUGCUAAUACUUAAUAUUGUGGUCUAAAAGCACUAUUUGGACCAUACUAAGCCAUACAAAUUCUUCCUAUCAGACCCCUUGUUGGCAAUUUUCUGGCCCCACCACUAUUCUAGUAGCAAUGUCAAUUCAAUGAUCUCAGUUGCCAUAUUAGAUUCAUCAAAUAGGAAUAUGUCGGGCUUAAGGUUUGCACAUAAUAUUUUAGGGGGAAUUGAUCCACCAGCUAUUAAAAGGCCAGGAAGGUCUGCAUAUGCCUUCACUGACAUUCCCACUGACCUUUUUUGUAUUCUAUCUAAUUUGAAGCAAAAUGAAUAAAAUCAAAUUAAUAUUAAACUAAUACGCAAUAGCCUACACAUUUGGGUAGUCUAGGUGAUAUAUUAGAAAAUAGGAAGGGCCCGCAUACGAAGGGCCAUGGCUAUGCUCUUUAUUAAAAGAAGCACCUCUUAACAAAAUAAAUUAACACGAAAAUGUAAAAGCAGUAAUGUGGAUUGUGGCAUAACACAACGCAGACAUGAAUUUGGCAUGUUAAGGGGAUAGAGUUGAUAAAAAGAAGUUAUAGAAGGACAAAAAGAAAAAGACCAUGAGGAUGGAAAAGGUGAUCUCUUAAGAGUGGGUAAUAUCAUAAAUGUUAAAUAUUAUAAGUGCGACAGAAUAAAUCAUCAAUUGGAAAGCCACCUUGCAAAAUUCAAAUCCAUUAUUUUGUGUGUUUGUGUAUCUAUCUCGUUUAGAUAGACCCAUAUACUUUUUAAGGAUACAUAACUUUCAGUCCGAAGAGCAUUCCAUUUUUAACACUGUUUUAUAAAUUGCACUAUUAUAUUUUAAAUUUAUUACUUAUUAUAUUUACUAUUAUAUACACCACAAGAAACAUGAACUCAGCCAUUUGUAUAGUUUAUUCUAUCAGAUUUGUAAUGAUAUAUUGUUCAUUUGUCUGUCCUCGGUUCAAUUUUCAUUGUUGUUGCUGGUGCUAUAGGAGUGGAAUUAUUAUUUCCAUAUAUGUACUUGAAUGUUUGAAUGUUAUGUAUGCACACCCACAUAUGUCAAGUUAUGAGACUUAAGCCAAUAACAAAACAUAUUUAUAGGAAAGUAAGGUAUAAAUCUAUUGGGAUAUUAUUUGACAUGGUUGGAUUGAAUCAUACAAGUGGCUCUUUUUUACCCCAGAUCUAUCUUCAAACAUUGACAAAUGCCAUUUAUAAAUUGAUGAUUAAUAGUGUCUCACAAUAAAAUAGCCUUGAGGCGCACUUCAAAUCAGUGCAAGAAAAUAAAAAAAAAGACCCUCUUCACUUCCUCAUUAGAACUACAGUAAAUUAGUGUGUAGCAAAUGUUAAAGAAUAUACUGAUGAUUACCAUAUAAAAAGUCUACAAAAAAUGGAAAAAGAUGGAUAAUGUUGUCAUUGCUAUUGGUGUUAUUUUUGGAGUAGCAGCACUCAUAAGCAUCAUUUUUCUUUGGCUAAUGUGUUUGUACAACCGACGACGAAAUGCAUCAGAAAAAACAAGUGUUCCUAACCAGCAGAAGAAUGGCAUAGAUCAACAAGAUGUGGCCACAUCAUCACAAAAUGAGGGUGUUAAUACCAAUGAUGGUCCUCAUCUUUGGGAAGAAAACUAUCUGUAUGCAUUUGAUGAAGUGAAGUUAAAUCAGAAAA